CUUCUGGAUCUACUAAUAAAGUAGAAAAUAUGAUUCAAGAUUUAACCAAUAGUUUUAAAAUUUUAAGUCUUAAUUUGAUCCAACAAAUUAACAAAAAAGAAGCUUAUACUGUUGAAAGUAGUUAUAAUCCAACUAAUCAGAAUCAAGAAAGAAAUAGAAAAAUCGUUCAAACUGAAGUAGAGAUUUUAGAAGAAGAUCCAGAUCAGGACCUCAAAAUUAUAGAAGAAAUCCAUCUAGAAGUCAAGAAAGAUACUGAAAAAAUACUCAAGAUUAUAAUCAAUAUGAUAGAAACAAAUCUAGAGAUUAUAAUCAAUAUGAUAGAAGCAGGUUUAGAAGUCAGUCUAGAGACUGGGAAGUCUAAUACUCUUUUAAAUAAUACUAGUAUUAGAGAAGCCUUAGCAAAUUAUUUGCAAGGUAACUCCAAUAUUGUAAAUCUGGUACACUCUAAUAGACUACGAACUAUUCCUGUAAAGUGUCAAACAACUAUUCAUAAUAAACUAUUUACUGCUAUUAUUGAUAGUAGAGCUACUAUUAGUAUGAUUACCCAACAAGCUGCUAAAGAAAUUAGAUUAGAAAUAGAUACUUCUUCUAAUAGUUUAAUUUUAUUUACACUUGGAAAACAAAUUAGACCUCUAGGUGUUAUUAAAAAUAUUUCUGUAGAAAUUGCAAGAAUUACUAUUUCUAGUU